UCCCUCCCCAAUUCCCUCAUCAAAGGCUCAGCCACAUUUUCUCAUCACACACCCCCAGUUAUAGCAAAUUGUAGCAAAUUCGCAAUUCUAUACCUCAUAAAAAUGGCGACGGCGAUGGCGACGGAGGUGGCGGCGCUGCGGCGGCGGAACGAGGAGCUGGAGAGGGAGGUGGGGGAGGCGCGGGCGGAGGCGGAGCGGGCGCGAGCGCGGGCGCGGGCGGCGGAGGAGGCGGAGGAGCGGCUCUGUGCCGAGCUCGGAGAGAUAGAGGCCGAGGCCGCCGCCGCCGCCCGCGAAUACCGCGCCCACCUCCGCGCCCUCGCCGAUGAGCUCGCCCUCGCCCGCGCCCUCCUCUCAUCAUCAUCAUCAUCAGCAGCAGCAGCAGCAAUGGCUCGUUGCUGAUUAUAGCUAAAAUAUAGAAAACUCUCUUGUAAAUUUUUUUUUUUUUUCGGACUCUUAAAAGUUUACAUUUUGUACUCUCAAAAUUUUAAGUUAGUGUAUUUAGUCCUAUUUCAAAAUUUCGUCAUCA